CAUACUAUCCACGGACCCCUUGAACAAAUUAUGUUUUUGAUACAGUGGAAAAUGUAAACAAAUCGUCGAAUCGCAAUGGUAUUAAUUUAAAUUCAUCCAGCUAAAAUGGAACAUAAAGUGGAAAAACUAAGCUGUCGAAUAUGUCUAUCGGAGGAAGACGAGUCGCAAAGGAUGUGGCCACUGUUCGAGAUUUGUCUGGAACAAAAGACGCCGGCUGACAUCAUUCAAUUCUGUUUUGGAGUUGAGGUUGCGGAGAAUAGCACAGUGAACGAUGAAAUCUGCACCAAUUGUAAGACCGAUUUACAAGCGGCUUACCGCUUCCUGAAGCAAUUGAAGCGUUCAGAGACACUCAAAGAUAUGGCGCCUAAGGUUGAGAUCGGCAUUUUCUACGGCAAUGAAGAGCAGUACAUAUCUGAAGUGGAAAUCAAAACCGAAAAUGCUGAUGAAUAUAUGGAGGAAGCAGUUGACACUAAAGGCAUUAUUGCUAUUGAACAGAUUCAUACAAAAAGAGAAAGAACCAGAAGAAAACUUGAUACUAUAAUUCCUUUGUCUAAGGAUAAACAAAAAUCUCCACAGAAAAAUACCUCAACCAAAAUGGAACUGUUGUCCUCGUCAGAAGAAGAACAAAACUUUGAUGAUAACAGUGACGAUGAACAUAACUUCACCUCCGAAGAUGAAGACUUUGAUGAAAGACCAACCACCAAACGAUUGUACUCCGGAACUAAACCAAAACCUCUACCGAAACGUUGUUGCUCCUGUAAGGAACCGCUAGACUCCCAAGAAAAGGUACAAAAACAUUCUGAUCAGUAUCACUUAAGCUCCCGUAUCACCAAUCCCAAAGAGUACGGUGAUCGUUUAUUCGAGUGUACUGUUUGCUAUCAGCGUUUCAACACGAAAAUUCUAUUCCUUCGACAUCAGCGGAAAAUGUACGUCGAUGAGCUACAUCCCUGCCCUAGGUGCGAAGAGGAAUUCGCAAAUGCAUUUGUGCUUAAGAAACACAUUAAGUUUGAUCAUAAGAAACAGUUCAAGACUGCCCAGAUGGAAGAGAUGCGCAGUAAGGCGAACUUAUGUUGCGUCUGCAAAGAGCGAUUCCCCACAGUGGAGGAUCUCCGAGAGCACGUCAAAAAUACGCACGCUCGAGAUCAGGUGCUCUGCGAAACAUCUAACACUUUCGAAUGCGAUGUCUGUUAUCACCGCUUCAAAACCUUCAAAUCAUUGAAACAUCACCAGCUACGAUUCUUCAAGGAGAAAAAGUUUGUUUGUACUCUUUGUGGAAAAUGCUUCCGGGAAAAGGUACGCUUAUCAGAACAUGAGAACCUGCACCGAAAAAUAGCGCCGUUCCAGUGUGCGAUCUGCCCGGCAAAGUUCGCAAUCAAAAAUUCCUUUGAAGUGCAUGUAAAAAUGCACGCCGCUGAGGAGAUCUAUAACUGUGAGUACUGCGGUAAGGGUUUCCGAAAGAAGAGCCUGCUGAUGGGCCAUUUGCAGAUACACGACACUGAUCGGCCUUACAAAUGUCAGCUCUGUCCGAUCACAUUCACCAGACAAAACUUACUCGAUGCGCAUUUAUUGGCACACAGCGGGUCUAAACCGCACAAAUGCCAACAAUGUGCUGCUUCCUACAUCCAUCAGCGAGAUCUGCGGAGACACAUCCGCGAAAAGCACGAGGGAAUUCGAAGCUUUAAGUGUCAUCUCUGCCCGAAGGCUUAUAUCCGACACAAGCUUUUGGAAGGCCACUUGAAAACACAUGACGAUUGAAUAAGGAGGCUCUUCUAAUAGAACAAAUGUGUAAUUCUAAUAAAAAGUGAGUUCUUAAA